UUCCUAAUGCCUCUCCAAAAGCUCUCAGCACUCAUCGAUGCCAUCUGCAAUUUUGUCAUUUGCAAUGACUCCUCCCUCCGUAGCCAGCCAAUCAUCUUCAAUCCCGACUUCUUUGUGGAGAAACUGCGCCAUGAAAAGCCGGAGGUGUUCACAGAGCUCGUGGUCAGCAAUAUCACUAGACUUAUUGACUUGCCUGGGGCAGAGCUGGCCCAGCUGAUGGGAGAGGAGGACCCAAAGCUGCCUGGGGGAAACAGCACAGCCUCUGGAUUUUUGCGUUCCCUGAUGUCUCUGAAACGCAAAGAGAAAGGAGUGGUGUUUGGCUCACCGCUGACAGAAGAAGGCAUUGCACAGGUUUCCCAGCUAAUUGAAUAUCUGCACAAAAAUCUACGAGCAGAAGGCUUGUUUCGGGUGCCAGGCAACAGCAUCAGACAACAGAUCCUAAAGGAUGCUCUGAACAGUGGUACAGAUAUUGACCUGGACUCCGGGGAGUUUCAUUCCAAUGAUGUGGCCACCCUGCUGAAGAUGUUCUUGGGCGAGUUACCAGAGCCCCUGCUGACACACAAGCACUUCCAUGCCCACCUCAAAAUUGCAGACUUGACGCUGUUUGAUGAGAAGGGGAAUAAGACUAGCACUCCGGAUAAAGAGCGCCAAAUCGAAGCCCUCCAGCUGCUGUUCUUGAUCCUUCCUGCGCCCAACCGCAGCCUGCUCAAACUGCUGCUGGAUUUGCUCUACCAGACGGCCAAGAAGCAGGACAAGAACAAGAUGUCUGCCCACAAUCUUGCCCUCAUGUUUGCACCCCACAUCCUAUGGCCCAGAAAUGUGACAGCGAAUGACCUGCAGGAGAAUAUCACAAAGCUAAACAAUGGAGUGACCUUCAUGAUCAAGCACUCGCAGAAACUCUUCAAGGCCCCAACUUACAUCCGGGAAUGUGCCAGGCUGCACUACCUCGGAUCCAGAGCCCACGCAUCAAAGGACGACCUGGAUCUGCUGACCUCUCCGAGCUCCAAGGAGCUGCAGCCUCUCAAGUCUCAGAAGCGAAGCCGCCUGGACCCUUGCCAUCAGGAGGAGACCCAGCAGCGCACAGAGGAGGCACUGAAGGAGCUCUUCCGCCAUGUCCACAAUAUGCCCGACUCUGCAAAGAAGAAGAAGCUCAUUCGGCAGUUUAAUAAGCAUCCUACAGCUCUCACUCCUGGCUCUGAUGUACCAACACCUCCAGCACAAAGACGCACCCGCUCGCGCUCCUUCAGCGGUCUCAUUAAGCGGAAGGUUUUGGGAACACCGGUUAUCAUGGAGAGGAAGAGCAGGGAUGUCACACCAGAACCAGAGGGAGCUAGCAAAGAGAACAUCCACCUGUUACAGAAAUGUGGCUCUCCAGCUCAUGUGUCCCAGGCAAAGCUGAAAUUUUUAGAGGGCCGGAAAGAGGACUCCUGUAGACGUGUGCGAGCCCGCCUGCUUUCCAAGGAGUAGUCAUCCCUGUGAAUUGCCUCUCACCAACGCAUGGGUGGGGAAUGCCCAGCCUCGCAAGCUGUGAAUAAUACAUGCUGCACUGAGAGAGGAGCGCUGCAGGCUCACAGCAGCCUUCAGCAUGCCAGUGCUCUUGAAAUGGGACCUUUGCAAGGACUGCAGGGACUUGUUUCUAUCUGUAUAUAAAUAUAUGUCAUUCCACUAUGGGGCAAACCACUAUCUAACCAAAACCCGUGCAGCAUGUCUGACCUGCUGGCUCUGGGAAGAGCUGGAGAGCUCACUUACAAGGAGAGCCCUGUGCAUUGUGGGGCCCUGUUCGUACUCCCAGCUUUUUCUGCAAUGUGCUAGGCUGUAUUUUGGCCCUUUCUGCUCUGAGCUUUUAACACGUUGGCUUGUUUUUGCUCCCUCUUCUCUGUUAGCAGUGAGAAUGAAGGACUCCAACCUUUGUGUGCGUUCUGGCAGCUAACCUUAUCUCCAGGCCUCCUUUGGAGCCAUGCCCCCUGUGCUUUCAGGGACCAGCUCUGUGCUUCCAAUGGGGUCAUUUUUACCUGCCAUCCCUGAAGCGCACAAAUGGUACACAGCAUGGGGUGGACCUGGGAGAAGAGGGUGCAAUCAUCCCAAAUGGGGCCUGGGGAAGGUAGCUUUCCCAAUAAACUCAUUGCCCUGUUUCAGCUUGAGCUGGAAGCAGCCCCUGCUCACCACCUCUACGUGCCGUGGUACAGCACUGCCACUGGCUCUGCCUGGGGAACAAGGAGCGUCUCUGCUUAGCGUUCCCCGAGGGAGGCUAAGCUGUUCCUUGGGGGGCAGGAGGCUGCCAAAGUCUGUCCUGGGGCAGGAGGAGAGACCAGCCUUUGGAAGCUGGGAUGUCUGGGGCAGGCAGAGUUAAUGUGCAGCACAAAAAACAGCAUGAGCAUCACGAGAGGUGAAGGAGGGCUCCAGCCAUUUGUGAUCUGCUGAAAAUGGUGCCAAAGGCUUUAGCUCAAGAUAUCUGGAUGGCCCUUCUGGCAAGUGGCUGAUUAGUUACUAAACUGGGGGAAAGGACCGGAGCUGGAUUCAGCUCUUUGCUGUGAGCUGCAGAAAUGGGAUGAAACCAUCUAGAUAUGGGAUAAACCCCGUUGCAGCUGGCCAGUGUCAGCUGCCUUGUUAAGCUGAAGUGCUCUAAUAAGCCAGUCUCACCCAGUGGCUGUCUGCAAGCGCUCUGGGACAGGAAACACAUGGGGUCACUACUGUGAAAUAAAGAUUUAAUCAGCUGAGGAACUGUCUAAACACUUCUCAGCCCUUCUCAGCGGAGCAAAUAAUCUCCAAAAUCCAAUUAUAAUUGUCUUCUAAUCUUUAAGAACCAGCAGCCGACAGGAGUUAGAGCUCUGUCCUUGACAGCUUUGAGACAACUGGUGGCGGGAGGUGUGAAUAUCAGGAUGUAAGCAGGGAGGUCGGUCCAACUGACCAGAGCUGUUGAAACAGGGCUUCAGAGCCCUGCACGGUUUAGCUGGAAUUCAUUGUUUUUGGUUACUGUGAUUUUUUUUUAAGAGCUACAAAGCUAUAUGCCUUGUGCAGCUCUUCCUGGUACUUUAUAUAGGGCACCUUUUCCCAGUCUGACCCUGAAAUGGAAGAGCUGCCUUGAAAAUGUAGGGGAUAGUGGAACUGUAGAUGUGGGAGCUGGUGCUGGGAGCCUCUGUCACAUCAAAGGGAGAGCACUCAUUCUGCAGGGACCGGGGGCAGGUGAGGAUGCUGUGAGGAAGAGCAGAGGCUGUUGCUGUGCUAGCAGCAUGUGCUUUCUAGAUGCACCUGUAACCGUUCCCUCCAGAAGCUGAAACUUCCUGUGUGCCCUUCUCCAAAAGGCAGGCUAUGUUUUAUUGAUCACACUUCUGCCUCUGCUUCUGCAGUCUCUGGGAGGCAGUCCCCUGCUAGCAGAGACGUGGGGAUCUUGGCUCUGCCUCUGAACAGAGAUGAGGCAAAGCUGAAGGUUUAAAGCUGAGUAGCAGUGCAGGGAGAACUAGGUCUUGUCCUGCUACCUCUGCUUUUGCCUGCAUUGAAAGUGAUGGCUGGGUGAAGCAUUUGUUUGCCCCCUUCCUUCCCACCCCAUCCCCCUAGCAUACUCACCUGUAUGUUGACUUGGCAAGGCUAUCCCGUUCCUAAGACUAAAUACACUGUUCCUUUACAGAUGAGAGAGAAGUAACUUUUCCUUCCAGUGGCUAAGCAACUGUGUCCUCCUUGGUGAUGGAUCUAGCUCAAGAGUAGUGUCUGAUUUCUGGCACAGCUGAGAUCUGCUUAGCUCUAAAGAAGAUCUGUGGGGCAUCAGCCUGGCGUUCUGCAUGUCUCAGAUGCCUUUCUUGCCAAAAGCAGGGUGGGUGCAGUCUCCAGGCAGGGCAGCCCAAGGAGGACUUCAGAACUGAAGGUCCUAGGGUCGGUACCCUGGGCUUUGACCAAAGGUGCUGUCCUCCUGGUGCCAAGGAUGGGGAGGCUAACAGGGACUUGGCUUCUUGGACCCCUGGCUGUCACAGCGCUUAUAUGCUCACUGUCUCAUAGGUGAGGGAGAUUGUAGUCAUGCCCAGAUAUGCCUCAUUGCUCUGCCCAGCGCAAUGCCUCAAAAGAAUGCUUCCUUCCAGAGCAGCAACUAACUGUUUCCAGAGUCCAGAGUUUCUGAAAUAUUUUUAAUCUUUGUCCUUAUUUAUAUGCUAUGUAUGUACUCUUUCAAACUACUGCCUUUCCAUAUGUUCAUGUGAAAUCCUCAUAUUAAAUGCUUUUAUUUUUAGUGGUUUUGCUCAGUGGCUUAAGCAGUUUCAUUGGGACAGUGAGGACUUGGCAGUGCAUCUGCCUUCAA